AGCAAAGCUUCCUCAAGGUCGUGUGGGUUACUGGGUUUAACUAGCUUGGCUCGGCCCCUUCCUCCGCGCAACUCCGACGAUGGCGCGCCUCCUCGUUCUCGCCGUCACGGCCACGGUUCUCAUGGCUCAAUCCGGGCAGCCGGCGUCUGCUGCGCGGACGUCGCCGGCGGAGGCCUUCUGGCGCGCCGCCCUGCCCGACGCCCCCAUGCCGGACGCCAUCCUCGAGCUCCUGCCCCAGGGUGAUCACCACGCAUCAACGGAACAGGGCGCGUACAUGAAUGCAGAGACCGACACACCGGAAGGCGCGGUCGAGGCCGUGGAGGACAAGGACCCGCCGCCGCCCAUGAACUUCAACUACGACUACGACGACGCCUUGCCCCGGAGCGAAGCCACCAGCGCCCCCUCCCCCGACGUCCUACUAAACCGCGCUGCCGUCGUCACGCCGUCGUCGACGGUGUUCUUCCUCGAGGACGCGGUGCGCGUCGGGGAGAGCCUGCCCUUCCACAGGAUCCAUCGGGCCACCGCCGCCGCCGAGGCGUCGGCAGAGCAGCCGCUGGAGCUGUACACCGUCCGCUCCGUGAGGGCGGUCGAGGGGUCCAGUUUCGUCCUGUGCCGGGGAGAAGCCGGCGAAGGGGCCGUGUACGGGUGCCGCGCCACCGGCCCGGCGAGGGCCUACGUCCUGGCCCUGGCCGGCGAGCGCGGGGACGCGGCGAUGACCGCGGUUGCCGUGUCCCGGUGGGACCCGGAGCACGCCGCCUUCCGGCUCCUCGGCGUGAAGCCCGGCGGCGCGGCGGUCUGCCACGCCGUGCCGGACGCGCAGGUCCUGCCGGCCAUGAACGGGAAGAGUCCCGCCGCCAACUAAGUGGCCCCUCGUGUCUGUCGUGUC